UGUUAUCAGUAUCUUCGUGACAAGCUAAGCCACCGGAGGUCAAGUUUAUUGUGCUCGUCGCUCAAAAAAUUACAAAAAUAUUUUUUGUGUGUUUUGUUUUUCUUCAAUUGUUGAAAUUCCACCAAACACAAGAAGAGAUUAGACUCACAACUUUUUCUCGCUGAAAAGAACAAAUAACUUUUCGUCUUUUCUCUCCCAUCCAACAAGAACAAGUGGGAGUGAUUCGGUGCUUAUUAACCAGUUUUACGUGUGUUGUGACGACGCCAGCAAAAAUGAAUAACGAGUCUAUCUGCCAUCAGCAGCAGCCAAGCACCCUCACUGUUGAUACACUUUCCUACAAGGAACUUCAAUCGUUGGCCAUGUCCCUCAGUCUGCCCGGCAAGAUGAAGCAAGGUGUUUUAGUGGAAGCCAUCAAAGCUCGACAAAACAACAACGAAGAAGCUGUCGCUUUGAUUUUGGAAGCCAAUCGCCAAAGGAGGAUCCUCCGCCGGGAACAAAAUUUGCGAGCACAGCAGCAACAACUAUUAAAACUCAAAGAGGCUGCAGAGAAAGAAAUUGCCGACAAUCAAAUGAAUUGCAUGACCCGAUUGAAAAUGAAACGAUCGGCCAGCGAAAUGGAAAUGGAUCCGACGUACAUUGUCGACGAGGAGACGUACAAACGAUCAAAGUUGGCAGCUGCGUUGAUCCAGCAGCCGAUGAGACAGCAGUCCCGAGGCUCGGCCAGCUGCUCGUUCAGUUCUUUGACGACGGGAGCCACUUCCAUCACGAUCCGUAAAGAACAUCAAUAUCAAUCAAGCAUGGGCGGUUGCAGCACGUGGGAACAACAGCAGCAGCCGAUGAUGAGUCCAGUUAUUCCAUCACUAGCCAUGAUGCAGCAGAAACCCUUGCCGGAUCUCUCCAAAGAACUAUCGAUCCUGAUGCCCGUGCUGAGCGACUGCAGCGGAAUCAAUCCGGCCAACAACAACAAGAGUUGCUGCAGUGUGGGCAGCGUUAGCGCCACUAGUUCCGUCGGCUGCUGGAAAUCUGGCGGAAGCAGUGACCAAUCGCUUCCGCAGAGCAGUUUUGAUAGCUGCGAUUCCGGAUGGAUGGGAGCAGACGAUUCCUACGAUCUCAAUACGUGGAAGAACCUUCAAAACAUCAAGUUGAACAACAACAAUUUUGAGAAUACGGUACCGCCUCCAUCCCUCCACACACCGCCGAAUUCAUCCAGCGGCUAUUUCGAUGCGACAGCAGCGCCCGACACGUCCAUUAGCAGCAGUGAAAUUUAUACUCCGGAAGAUUUCACAUCCGCCAACAAUACCAAUUCGUCGUCUUCUGUCACGGCCACCGGUUCCAAUUACAACACAGACUUUCCAUUGCCUCUUGAAUCUUCUCAUUCGUUUCCAGAUGCCAACGUUAAACAAGAUCCUUGUUGUUCUUCGUCGACGUGGUGUGAAUCUUUCAUCCAGCAGACGCAGUCGUUCCCCCAGUCGCAGUUGCAGCCUCAAUCAAAGUACCAGCAGUCAAAUAUGCCAAAUGGCCGCAACGGAGUUUGCUCUACAAUGUCAACUGAAUCCCGCGUGACCGCCAAGGAUUGCCCCUACGACUUUGACUGUUACCGGCUGGGUGGCCCAUUCUUCCGCAUCCAGCGGGCUGGUAAUCCGACGUCCGUCGUUGUUCCCAGCGGUCGCACCUCGACGCUGACAACCUUUUGUAACAUGUUGCCCCGACUUGCCUCUUAUGUUCAAUGAAUUUAAUCAAUUAAUGAAUUUCGUGUUUGCUCAAUUUAGAUUAUUGCGCCUUGUAACAUUUGCCGCCUUUCCUUUGAUUGAACCCAUCAAAACCUGACCCCGCCCUCUCCUGCCCGGUUGUUGAAGUUAAUUUAAUUUAAAAAGUGAUUGCUCGAUAUAAUUUACUUAUCGAUUUAAUUUAUCCCGUUUUGUCUCUUGUGUGUGUGUUUUUGUUGUUUGCCGUGUUUGCCCAGCAGCCAAUAAGAGGUUAUUGUCUCUGUUGUCCCUUUUGUUGUUUUUAGUUGAUUGGUCGCCGGCUACCAGCGUUCUUGCGGAAAAUAUACGCAACUUUGUUUUGCCUUAAAGUU